AUGGAUGACAAUGCUCCAGCUCAUCAAGGUCACAUCAUUAGGGAAUGGCUGCUGGAGACUGGGGUACCACAAAUGGAGUGGCCUGCACUUUCUCCAGACCUGAAUCCUAUAGAAAACCUAUGGGAUCAGCUGAGUCGCCGUGUAGAGGCUCGUAACUCUGUACCCCAGAACCUCAAUGACCUGAGGGCCGCCCUUCAAGAAGAGUGGGAUGCCAUGCCUCAGCAGACAAUAAGUCGACUUGUGAACAGCAUGAGACUGUGCAUGAGGAGGAUGGUGCUGGUGGGGAAGACUGGAGCUGGUAAAAGUUCAUCAGGAAACACCAUCCUGGGCAGGAAGUGCUUUGGAGCUGCCAAAAGCGCAUCAUCCGUUACCAAAGAGUGCUGGAAGGAAACUGGAGAAGUGGCUGGACGUGAGAUCAUUCUGGUGGACACUCCUGGUUUGUUUGACACAGAUAUGUCUGAAACUGAACUAAAAAAGGAGAUCAGUAAGUGCAUAAACAUGACUGCGCCGGGACCUCACGCCAUCAUCCUGGUAAUCUCUCUUGGUCCAUUCACCAAGGAGGAGAAUCAGUCAGUAGAGAAGAUCCGAGCCAUUUUUGGUGAAGAAUCAGUCAAGUACACUACAAUACUGUUCACCAGAGGUGAUGAACUGGACAGUUCAAUGGAGGAAUACCUCAGCAGAGCAAACAAGGACCUCAAAGAUCUCAUUAGUAGGUGUGGUAACAGGUAUCACGUCUUUGACAAUACACAAAUGAACGACCGCAUGCAGGUUCUGGAGUUCCUGGAAAAGGUAGACAACAUGGUUUCUGCAAAUCAGGAGCAGCAUUUCACUACUGACAUGUACCAAGAUGUGGAACAGGAGCUCAGGAUGAAGGAGGACGAGCUGAAGAAGUUCUAUGAGCAGAAAUUAAGAGAGCAGCAGAUUCAGCUGGAGAUGAAGUUUCAGGAGGACAAAAGGAAACUGCAGGAGACCAUCGAUGCACUUCAAGAGUCUGAUCAACAAAAAGAAAAGAAAAUCAAAGAGCUGGAGGGUCUGGUCAGGCUGAACGAGCGGAGACUGAUCGAGUAUAAACGAUAUUAUGAUGACAAGUUCAGCGCAGCAAGACAGGAAGCAGAAGAAACUGAGAUCAAUGAGAAGAUCAUGAUGCAGGUUUUAGGGAAAAUCAAAAGCUUAAUCCUGGAAUAA